GCCACGUGGAUCCAGGAGAGGAUGACCUGCAGACAGCCUUCCGGGAAACGCAGGAAGAGGCUGGUCUUCAGGCCAGUCAGCUCACCCUCAUAGAGGGGUACAAGAAAGAACUGCACUAUCCUGUCCAUGGCAAACCUAAGACGGUCAUUUACUGGCUGGCAGAAAUGAAGGACUGUAAUGCAGAAAUCAAGCUCUCGGAGGAGCACCAGGCUUUCCAAUGGCUGAAGCUGGAGGAUGCUUGCAAAUUUGCAGAAUAUGAGGACAUGCAGGUGACCCUUAAAGAAGUGCAUCAGUUUCUCAGCUCCAAAGAAUAA